GUGUAGAAUCCUAGAACCUGAUACCCUGUCACAAUAUUAAUCUCUUUUAAUAUCAAUUUCAGACUGACAAACUAAUUAAAAUGUGCUAGUCAUGAGAGAUCUUUCCAUAUGGAACUGGGCAGAGUAUACUAAACAGGAAAGUAAUGCAUAAUAUAAAAACUCAGAGGGUGACAAUAAGGAAAGAAAGAGCCGGGCCUUAUAUAAACUAAAGGCUACUUGUAGGAAAGGGUGUAGUUUAAUCUGCUAUAUCAAAUAUUGGUGGUUCUUGGAUGACUGACAUUGCUUUUGUGCUUGGUUAUUAAGUAAAAUAUACUGUGGUACUUCCUUAUAGCUCAAACUACUAUUGUUGACUUGAAAAAAAAAUAAGAUCUUCAAGUUAGCUUCUAGAUUGGCUUCUUUUUUUAACUUCAGGAUUUGUAUAACUACAACCUGACAUUGCUAGGAGUAUAAUGGCAGCACUUGGUCACGUCUUAACUAAUUUGUUUAAAACUUGAUAAGACUGGAUGUGCAUGUUCACUAACACCUUCCUGUGUGAUUAAUAUUCUACCUGAGGAUUAGUGUCUACAGAACGAAAUCCCCAUAUCUGCAGAACUAGGUCCUGGAGCUGCCUUACAAUAUGCAUUUUAGAGAGAGGGAGGAAAAUAUGUCUAUUCUUUUGUAUCUUGACCCAGAAAAAAUGAGCCUGUCGCCUACAAAAGGCUCUGAAGUUCCUGAACUUUGUAACCCCAGAGGCUAUUUACUGAUCGAAAGGAAAGUGCCCACUCCCUAAUGGCUGUCUAUCCAUCUUAUAUGGCCCCCAUUACCAUAGUAUGUGAGCAUCACCCAGCCUUUAAUGUAUUUAGCCUUGCAACAGGUCUAUGAGGUAACAAAUUGCUGUUAUCCCCAUUUUACUAAUGAAACACAAGUGACUUUCUGACCAUUAAAUAGGGAGGCUGGUGGAGAAAGGACUUGAACUCAGGUUUCUUGAGUUCUAGGCUAGGACCCUAACUACUGGACCAGCCUUCCUCUCUGUAAAGCUGAGACUUCCUGAGUGACUCAGUAAUGCCCCUUAAUCUCCCCCGCCACUCCCUUCUCCUUCCUUUCCCUCCCCUCGCCUCUCCCAAACAGUAGUUGUUCUCCUGUGAACAUUCAUUCAAUCAGAGAAGAAUUUUCGAAGUUAGACUAGUGUAAAAAUAUUUAGCUCCUGCUGACUGAGAGGAUCACGUCAGAGGUCAAAGAGUAGGAAGGUGUCACAUGACCUGACAAUGACCCCACACUCCCUCUCUAAUGAACCUUGGUGAAAAGGCAAUAGCCUGGGCCCCAUUCCACACCAGCUCCUCCUGGAGAUUCAUGGAGAGAUCUUGGUAUUGGUUACACUAGCAGAACCUAAAGAGAAUGGAAUGGAGAGCUGUGGGGCAUGGGACCUACCUUUUAUGAGUUUGUCUCUCAGGGUUGCUCUGCAAGUCCUCAUGGCUGAGUUUUAUUUUUUAGGGGGAGCAAGAAGAAGAGGUGGUAUGUGGGUUUUUGUGUCUGGCUGACCUUUUCCCAUGGGGAGGUAGGCUUGCUGUGAAGGAAUCUUUUGUUGCCUUUCCAAGAGCACUGUAUGUCUCAGAAGUAGAGUUGGUCAAAAAUUUUCCAACAGAACAGUCUUUCGUUGGAAAAUGCUGAUUUGGUUCUCCCAAAUCAAAUUCUAAAAAAAAUUAUUCUUCCUGUGAAAAAUUACUAAUUUUUGACUUUUUGUCCUGAAUGAAAACAAAGGUGUUCCCCUCUCCCCCCAAAAAAACCCUUUUAAGUUUUUUAUGCGAAGGAAAUUCUGUUUUCCAGCCAGCUCUGCUCAGAAGGCUGUGACUAUACUGUAAACCUGGCAAUUCUUUUAAACCCUAUGCUUUUAAGUUGGGUGUGGGGUGAAUUUGCUAAUUACUAAAAAACUGGUAGACUAUUUUUUAAUCUAGCACACACCAGUUCUUAAAAAAACUUAUUAUCAAGUGUUGUCAAAGAAAAAUUCUCACUAUUAUAUUAAUAACUGGGAUUCAAUCUUUCCUCAAGCAAAACCCCCAUUUUGUCUGCUGCCAAGAGGAAAGAUUCUGUUCUGGAUUUGACAUAUAUAAAUAUGUACACUUGCAUAACUGAUUAAUUUGGUCAGCUGAUUACCGGCUUAAUAUGUUACUUUAAGGCUCUUGCAAUCUUUGGUCUAUCUUGGUAUGUGUGGGAUUGUUACCGGAACAACAUGAAAAGUUUAGCAUUAAGUGCUUAUGUUUAUAGUCUUUUGUGGGCAAAUAUCAGAUUCCAGUCAGCAAUUGUUUGCAAAGUGGGAUGGGCAACUUCAGAAUAUUUUUAAAUUGCUUAAUAUAGUUUUUAUUGCCAGGUACUUGAAGGCAUUCAUCUGGAUAUAGCGGUGUGAUUUGAUCAUGAUAUAAUACACAAUACUAAAACAUGAUAUAAUAUAUUAUACUACUGUUGUCUUUUUUGUACUCAUUUAUUUUCACAUAAACAUGGAUAUUUUUGUGGGGUGCUGGGCCUUUACCCUCUGUUUCUAUUAUUCAAUGAGUAUACUCCCUCCCCUCAGGGUUGACCUCGACUAGCUACAAACAAAAACUACAGUGUCUUGUCUCAUUAGGAUUGUACAAUGAGGUAGCUAUCUCGAUGUAAAAACCUACCUUUUUUAAAGCAGUGAAAACAUAACCAGCUAUACUUAACCACCUCUCUACAAGACUCUUCAGAUCUCCAGAUGAAAAUCUCUAUAGCUGUGCCAAUUUCAGGAGUUGGGCUCCGGUUUGGAAUCGGUGAAAGGUAUCUAAAGAGAAACAGGAUCAGUCUGUAGAUCAGGGAUCACUGGUUUGUUAUAUAUCUUUUUAAAAAAUGGUUUCUGUGUUGACAAAAUGUUGGGAAAAUCUUUUUAUACAAAAUCUUCAUGCUCAAGUCUAGUGCUUUAAUUUUAGAUAAGGGCUUGUAUUUCUACAUAGUGGAAUUGGCUAUCUUUGGAACUACCAGUAAAUACAUGUUGUCCAGAGGGUAAAUAGGACCCGGAUUAUGCUAUACUCACUUGAGACUGUUCUCCAUUUAUACAGAUCUUAUUCUUAUUGCUUUAUUCAUUAUUACUCCAGGAAGAAUAAAGCCUUUUUUUGUCUUGUUCAGAUGCUGACAUCUAUUCUUUUUGUUCCUUGCUACUAGGCAGAAAAUCUAUUGGGUCUAAUUUUUGUCUUUUAUUAGAUUCAAAGUGAAUCACCAACUAAUAUAAUACUGAAGCAAUAAAGGCUUCAGGUAAAGAUUUCUCCCCCACAAUCGAGGAAUCAGAUUCAUCAUGACUUAUCACUAUAAUGAAGCCUUUGAAAACCCAGACUAUCACUACUCAGAGACAUUGGAGAUUGACAGAAGCAGAGAAAGGAAUUCAUCCUUUCUCCAAAACCAUCAUGAUUCCUCCCUGGAUGAUGACUCCUUGUACGAUUCCUAUGAAGGUGGAAGAGGACAAAGAAACCAGGAUUAUCCCAUGGCCUCAAUGCAGUCUGGCUUCCGAUACAGUCACAGCGCAUCGAGGCCCAACACAAAUCCAUAUGGAAAUCCACAUACUAAUCCUUCAUUUGAGUAUGAGCCAGAAUUCGCAUACACAUCUCCCUCUACCUUUCGUGCUGGGGAUGGUCCUUACGUACGCAGAGCUUCUGAUAUGUCUGAUGGAGGUAGCUUCAGUCAGAGCUACAACAGAAGACAAGCUGACCUGGUCUACAGGAUGCCUUCCAGCCUUCUCAGACUAGACUCAAAUGCAGAAACAUAUGACAAAGACAAAUAUAAACACGAAGAGAAGUUGAUCAAAAAUCUUGCAAGCAUGUCCAGCAGAGAGAGAGUGAAAGCAAUCCAGAAGACACCAAAGACCAUGAAAGAAAAGAGAGACAUCAGGAAUAAAGUUCUCAUGGAGAAAACCAAAAAAUCUGUGAGCUCCAGUACUCAGAUUAACUGUUGUACACAGUGUCUGUACAAAACAGCCUUGUCCUAUCAGCGAUUUAAAAAUGGCAUGUCAGAAUAUUUGCACUUAUUGCAACUAUGGCAGAAGACUCUGAAAGUCAUCGGUGGCAAGUUUGGAACCAGUGUUCUUUCCUAUUUUGUUUUUCUGAAGUGGUUACUGACUUUCAACAUCUUCUCAUUCCUUGUAAACUUCAGCUUCAUAACAAUCCCACAGCUUAUAGCAUCAGGACCAAAUAACCUUUCGUUCAACGGUCUGGAGCUUCUCACCGGGGCUGGUUAUUUUAAAAAAACAGUGCUCUACUACGGUUUUUACACCAACUCUACAAUCACAAAAACUGAGAACAAUUCUUCCUAUGACAUGCAGCUGGCCUAUAUUUUCACUAUUGGGAUUUAUUUCAUCAUCUGCUUCUUUAGCUUGGUGUACAGCAUGGCAAAGUCCUUCCGUAAGAACUUCAUCAAUCCUCAGACCUACUCUGGAAGUGCUGCCAAGCUUCUCUGCAUCUGGGACUUCAAUAUAACCAAUGAGAAAGCUGUGAAACUGAAGCAAAGCAAUCUCAGUACGCAAAUAAAGGAAUCCCUGUCUGAAGUGACCCUCGAGGUACUGAACCUUUCUCCAAAGCAGAGAAUUGCUCGUAUUGCUGUUCAUCUGUUGGUUUGGAUGGCUUCCUUGGGAAUAGCAGCUGCUUGUUGUGCUGGUGUUUACUUCUUCUCAAGAAAUAACCUACAGCUCCUGGAAGGUAACAAAAGUGAGCUGGAAAACGAGGCUGCCACACUAGUGCUGCCCAUUGUUGUGUCUCUCCUUAACCUCCUCAUCCCCUUCUGCUUUGCCUUGUUUGGACUCAUAGAGAAAUUCCAGUAUCCCAGACAUCAGCUCUACGCCACUGUUAUCAGAAACGUUUUUCUGAAAAUAGCAAUAAUUGGAAUCCUCUGCUACUACUGGCUUAACGACGUGGCUACAUCAGAGAAAGAGUGCUGGGAAAGCCUAGUUGGCCAAGAUAUCUACCGUCUCAUUGUGAUUGACUUCAUAUUUUGCUUGCUUGCUUCUUUCUUUGGAGAAUUUGUACGAAGAAUCAUUGGAACUAAAUGUUGCAAAAAACUUGGAGUGCCAGAAUUUGAUAUUGCACGAAAUGUUUUAGACUUGAUCUACACACAGACUUUGGCCUGGAUUGGCAUCUUCUUCGCACCUUUAAUGCCAGCCAUGCAGAUUAUAUCAUUUUUUAUAAUAUUUUAUGUAAAAAAGGUCAGUUUGAUGAGGAAUUGUCAACCACCGCGCAAAGUCUGGAGAGCUUCUCAGAUGACGACGCUCUUCAUUUUUCUGCUGUUUUUCCCUUCCUUUACUGGAGUCCUGUCUGUAAUGGCGGUCAUUAUCUGGAGGCGGACGCCUUCUAAACAGUGUGGUCCGUUCCAAGGCUUGACUUCCAUAAUUGAUGCCGUUUCUGGAUGGAUACACAUAUUGGACAGCUAUUCCAGCUCAAAAUGGGUGGUGUGGAUUUAUUAUAACUUAAUUGGAAGCGUGCAUUUCUUCUUCAUCCUCACUGUCAUCGUCCUAAUUAUCACAUAUCUUUACUGGCAAAUAAUAGAAGGACGAAGGAUAAUGGUCAGACUCCUGCAUGAGCAAAUUAUUAAUGAAGGAAAGGAUAAAAUGUUUUUACUUAAUAAACUACGUGCACUGCAGACAUCAAAACUAGAUCCACCAAAAGAACAACAAGAGAGGAGUUCAUCUUCGUACCAGCCAUAUAGACGAGCUGCUCUGCAAAUGACAGCCUCCAUAGAAAGGCCAUUUGGGAGAAAUGGAAGAGACUUCUAUGUUGAGCCCUCCUCUGCUAGGAUACCAGAAAAGACGAGCCUGCCUCCUGCAGAUAAAGAAGGAUGCCAACCAGGGAUUUCUGAGACUCUGGCGCUGGCUCUGAGAGCCAGACAACAGGCUGAAUGGGAAAUGGAGGACAACGAUGACGAGGACUUUAGACCAUGAACUCUAUGAAGCAAUUAUGCAUACUAAUCACUAGAAGUACUUCUAGUAAACGUCACUGUUUUGCACUAAUGGUUGGAAACCCAUUGGAAAUGACUGACUUUUUCAAAUAAGCUAAGGAAAAAAUUAAAGCAAGAACACAUCAGAAAAUGCAUUUUAUCAAUUGCAGUUUAAAUUUUAUAAUUUCAUAGUAAAUGCACUGUGCUAUUUUGUUUUAAAAAAAUGAAAUCUUGAUAAUAGCAGACCUCUCUUUCAUCUGCUAUGAAAUCUCUUGCUGAAAUAUAACAAAUGACCACCAUUCAUCAGGUUAGGGUGGAAUUUUUUAAUUGUCUCAAUGUAACAUGUGCCUAAUGACAAAUGCAAAUUACAAAUCUGGAAGCCUUGAUGGUAUUCUUAUAUCUGACUUGUUUUGAUCUGGCUGCUGUUAGCUGUAUUUUUUAAAAACAGAAAUGAAGUAUUUAUAAAUUAAAAAAGAUUCUAGCCUAUGUAAAAUGAUUUGUAAAGUAAAUUGUGACACAGAUUAGUGAAUAUAAAUCUGUUUGUGUGAACCCUA